AUGACUAACUUGCACAAGGUUUGUAUGCUCGCCGCGGCUUGCGGUACUGUUUCGGGUGUUGCUUCGGCGCAGCCGUUUGGGGUGAAUGGAUCGGGCGCGACGCUUCUGGAGGCUUUGUUUAAGGCUCCAGCGAACACGCUCGACUUUAUUGACGCGGACGGGGACAGCAUGGUCCAGGAGCAGCUUGCUCCGUUCGAUGCGACUUCGCCGUUUAUUGCUUCUCAGCACUGGCAGUUCACUUACCGCGUGGUCGGUUCGGGGAACGGCUUUGCUGAGAUGCGUGACUGGGGCACGAUCUUCGCGACCGGCAUGGACGGUGACGCGGCGAACCUCACUCUGAACUCGGAUGAGGCUGAUGCGGCGUACUUCAACACACAGUUGUUUGUGAAUGCGGCGAUGACUCAGGGUGCUGCGGAUAGCGACAAUCCUGGCGCUACUCCAUUCCGUACACUCACCGAUGGUUCGUUCGCGAUUACCACCGGCACUGGUGCUGGGACUGGUGUCCAGAUCGACUUCUCGGCUCUCGAUGUUCCUGUGAGCUGGUUUGUGAUCAACGACAGCGGCGCUCCGCUGUACAACAAGGUUCCUGGUGCUCCUGGGUACGGUGACAACCCUCGUAAGGCUGUCGACUGGGACGGGAGCGAGCUCUCGCAGGGCAACAAGCUCAAGACGCUUGUUUCCCCGAACGGCCCAACCUUCAACACCAAUGUGAACGCUCCUGACGCGUUCACGAUCUUUGAUACUCCUGUGACGCUGACUCCGGUUGCGGCUCCGGUCAACUUCGGUGUUGGUCUUCAGGAGAUCAAGAUGUCUGACCUUCGUCACCUCAAUGCGACCGGCCGUCGCAUGUCGGGUGAGAACCUGAUGGUUGUCACUCGUGACUCGGGGUCUGGUACUCGUAACGCGUUCAUGAACGGUAUCUGCUUGGAUCCAUCGUGGGGUGUUGGUGAAAACAUCGGGCCGAAGACUUCGUCUUCUGACAAUGACAAGCUUGGUGCGGACUUCCAGCCUUCGAACAAGGGUGGCUCGUCGCGUAUGGAAGCAACCGUGAAGAACUCGCGUCUCGGUGUUGGGCACACUGGUGCUGAGCGUGGUGAGUCCAAGGGCUGGCUCGUUGAUGGUGAGCUCGAACUGCUCGCGGUCCAGGCGGACCUCAAGGGCGGCAGCGUGUACGCUCGUCCAACCAUCGGCAAUGUCGUUGACGGCAGCGCUGACGGCUACAACAUCCAGGGGCUUGGUGGCAUCGCGACCAUCGGUGAUCCUCGCUCGGCACCUGCCGCGAAGGGUGGCUGGGGCUGGGAUGCAUCGGAAGCUGCGGCGUAUGUGAACAACAUCACUCGUUCGGUUGCGGCGGUGACUGCGGUUCCGACUGAUCCAGCGAAUGCGUUUUCGCCUGGUGAGUUCCUUGGUAUCCAGUUUGUGCUUCCGGCGACAUCGUUUAAUGUUCCUGAGACCAAUCCGGAUGCGAGCGAGCCUUGCAUCCCGAUCGUUGCAAACGCAGCUCGUAACGAUGUGCUGACUCAGUUCGUGCUCAACGAUCCGAACAAUGUGCUUGCACUCGCGGAUUACGCUUCGUACAACACCGAAUCCGGUGGUGUGGUUCCGACUCGUACCGCAGGCGUGACCUACGACGACGGUGUGCUCGGCGGUACUCACUACGAGUCCAUCGAUGGCACCAUCAUCAGCUACGGCGCGUUUAUUGGUGACGAGGACUUCGAUACCGAUAUGGACAACGAUCGUAAUGUGAUCGCGGGCGACUUUGACGGCGAUGGUGCUCGCACCCCUGCUGAUGUUGCGGACAUGAUCGAUGCGUACAACUUCCGCUUCAACAGUGGUAGCUGGAAUGGCGGCAGCGUCAACCCGGACGGUCGUGCGUGUCCAGAAAUCCUUGGCGAUUUCGAUGGCGAUGGCAACUUCAACGCGAUCGAUGUUCGCUACUGGGCUGACGGUCUGCACCUUGUUGGUGGCAACCUUGAUCGUCGUGCGGGCUUCACCGCUGUGGACGCGGCUGCUGGGAUCAACUUCUUCGGCACCACCCUCGCGACUGGUUCGUACGACGACGGUGACUCGCGUGGCGAUGUCGCUUCGGCUGCUGCUCUUGGUCUCGGUGUUCAGAACCUCCCAACUCGUGGUUUCCGUCCGAACGGCCACGACGGCGUUGUUGAUGGUGCGGACAUCGACUACGUCUGCCUGAACUUCGGUGACUGGUCGGUCAUCGAAGAAGCCGUUCACAUCGACCUCUCGUGUGACAUGAACGGCGACCUCGUCGUUGAUGGCGCUGAUGUUGAAGAGAUCGUCGUCAACAUCCUCGACUCGGUCAUCGGUGACAUCGACCUCGACGGCGAUGCGGACGCGGAUGACCGUGACAUCAUCGCACAGCCAUGUCCGGCGGACUUCACUGGCGAAGGUCAGUUGAACUUCCUCGAUGUGUCCGCGUUCCUUACUGCGUACGGCAACAUGGAUCCAGCCGCAGACUUCACGGGUGAAGGUUCGUUCAACUUCCUCGAUGUGGGGCGAAGCUGGUACGCUGUUGAUCCAGAUGUUUGGACGAAGAAGGGAUGCACAAUGCGUAUGACUGGGUUGAUCGGGUUGGUACUGAUGGUCUUUGGGAUGGCGGGGUGCGAAACGCUUCCGAUUGUGGACGAGAUUCAUAAGGAUGGGUGGGUCAAGCUGUUUGAUGGCGAGAGUUUGGAUGGGUGGGCGUGCGAGGGGGAUCUAGACGCGUGGGGCGUGGUGAACGGGGAACUCGUGACACUGAAUCCCGGCAAGGGGUGGUGGCUGCGGACGGACAAGAUGUAUCGGGACUUUGAGCUCAAGUUGGAGUUCUGGAUGCCUGAGGGUGGGAACUCAGGGGUAGGGUUGCGUGGGUCGUCCAAUGGUGAUCCGGCGUUUACGGGGUUUGAGGUGCAGAUCUUGGAUACGCAUGGUGAGGAGCCUGCGGAUUACACGUGCGGUUCGGUGUACACGGCGAUUUCUGCAGAUUCGAUGGCGGUGAAUCCGGCGGGGCAGUGGAACUCGUACCACAUCAAAGUGAUCGGGGACACGAUUGAUGUGAAGCUCAACGGGGUGAAGGUGAUUGACAAUCAACAGCUGGAUGAUCGUGGGUAUUACCGAUCACCAGAGAAUCCGCUGCCUUUGAAGGAUCGGGCGACGACGGGGUAUAUCUCGCUGCAGGAUCAUGGGCAUCCGUUCCGGUACCGGAAUAUCAAGAUUAAAGACCUAUCGGUUGAUCCGGAACCUGAUGGGAUGGUGGCGCUGAUUGAUCCGCAGCUUGACAACUGGUUUGCGGAGGAUAACGCGGAGUGGACGAACGAGGGCGGGACGCUUGUUGGACGCAAGGGUCCUGGGCAUUUGUUUACCAAGAGCGAGUACGAGGACUUUGAGAUGCGGGCGCUGGUGAAGGUGAACGAGCGUGGGAACUCGGGGAUGUACUUCCGGGUGAAGCCGAAUCCUGAUCCGAACAAUCCUUGGCCGAUCGGGUAUGAGGCGCAGGUGGACAAUCAUGAUCCGAAGAACUUCACGGGCGUGAUUUAUGACAAGGCGUGGCCUGAAGAUCAUGCGGUGCCGUUGACUCGGGACGAUGCGUGGUUUGAUUAUCGUGUUCGUGUCGAGGGGGACUGGAUCCGCACUUGGAUCAACGGCGAGGCGAUGGUGGAUACCAAGCUGAGCGAGUUUGAUCUCGGGCAUCUGGCGGUGCAGGGGCAUCACGUUGGGAAUGUGAUCGAGUACCGCGAUAUUCGGGUGCUUGAGUUGGACUGA